CCGGACCGGCCCGGACCGGCUCGGACCGGAUCGGACCGGACGGGACCGGACAGAACCGGCCCGGCCCGCCCGCCAUGGAGGAGGCGGGGCCCGUCCCCUCCCGGGGCGCAUGCGCCUACAGCAGCUGCUACUGUGAGGAAAAUAUUUGGAAGCUAUGUGAAUACAUCCAAACCCAUAGUCGGUAUCCUCUGGAAGAAUUUUAUGCUGUCUUCAUAUCUAAUGAGAGAAAGAUGGUUCCAAUCUGGAAGCAACAAGCCAAGCCAGGAGAUGGACCCGUAAUCUGGGAUUACCAUGUAGUUCUGCUUCAUGUUUCCAGCGGAGGUCAGAGCUUCAUCUAUGACCUUGACACCGUGUUGCCAUUUCCCUGUGCCUUCGACACGUAUGUAGAGGACAGCUUCAAAUCGGACGAGGACAUUCUACCUCAGUUUAGAAGGAAACUGAGAGUGAUUCGAGCAGAUUCUUAUUUGAAGAACUUUGCUUCUGACCGAUCGCACAUGAAAGAUUCCAGCGGCAAUUGGCGGGCUCCUCCUCCCCUCUACCCCUGCAUUGAAACUGCAGACAGCAAGAUGAACCUGGACAAUUUUAUCAGUAUGAAUCCUGAGACGGGGUGGGGGGCCGUGUACCCCCUUCCCGACUUCGUGCGUCGAUUCAGCUGCAAGUGCUGAGCUCGGCAGCUGGACGUGGAACCGUGGCGUGAUGCAGGGCCCGGUGCCUGCCUCCUCUUUGCGACGACUUCAGAUGCGGUGCCGUGGGUCUGUAAAUCCUUGACGAGGUGGCUGGUUUGGCGUCAUCUCCGUUUUCACCCACUCCAGUGACCGCGGGGGUCCGGCGGAGAUUAGGAACUGAACGAAAGAGACUUUGAGGGGACCAGAAUUAAAGGGCGUCCAAGAAA